AUGUCAAAGACAAGGUUCUCCUCUAGGGACAAUUCAAUUUUGGAGCAAACGUUUGGUUAUUGUCCAAAUUUUCAGGACAGGUCGAUUCUAGAAGAUCCUAAUAUUGUUUUUGGCAAGGCUAACAUAUGGCGGUGCUACGGUCGUUGGACAGAUAAGAGUGGUAACAUUUGGGCUGCGAUAGCUUAUGACACCAACCAACUCAGAUUCCGAUACCGCUGUUUAACCACACGCAUAGACCAACAAAAUCCCCAAGAUAUAUCUUAUUGGGGAAUGUCAACUAGUUCUGAUUGUAAAGUUUUACAUAAUUAUAAUAAUGCACCUAUCAGACUUGAACUUCGACCUGCUUUUGAUCCAGAUAGUCAAAUAAGUGAAUUACAGCCAGGAUGUAAGCUACCUACAAAUUUCAGUGGUCAUUGGUUUUAUCCCAGUGAAUAUCAAACCUCCGUUGAUAUUAAUGCAACACACAUAUAUAUGAAACGAAAACAAGCAAACUUCUUAUAUGAUCAUAUCUAUUUUGUCUGCAAACAACAACAAGAAUCGCGUUAUUUAAUGGCAGUUGUAACUCUUGGUAAAUGUGAAACAGAUUUCAUGUGUAUGGAUUUUAUGCCAAGACAUCACAAUAUAAUACGUUUUCGUAUGGGUAGACCAUUUCCAUUAUUACCACGUGAACGUCAGUCAAUGGGUGCAAGUUAUAUGCAACGAUUAUAUCGUGAAGCUUGUCACUGGAGUUCUUUUACACUGAAUUAUAUAGAAUGGACAUAUGAAUAUUUUAUUCAAGAUCCACCAACACCGAUCAAUUGCCCCAUACAGGGCAAAUUUAAAUUUAUUCAACGUGGUCAAGAACAAGAAAAGUAUGUAACUAAGAUACCUGGUGGAAUGACUCCUAGACCAUGGGUUCAGGUUUUGUGUUAUAAUUAUUGGGAAUCUAAUAUUCAAGCUUGUUUAAAUGAUCCGAAAACUUUACAGUUAGAUGUAAAAAAGUGUUGGCGCCUAGAUUUUUCUGGUCAACCUUUAUCUGAAUAUAAUGUUGUUGAUAAUUACAUUACAUGCGUUGGUUAUUGGAUGGAAGAUACAAAGUCGUUUCUAGUCACCUAUGAUAAAGAAGAUCCUGUUACUAAUAAUUUCCGUUGUUGGAUCUAUAAACGCCUAGGUUUUCGUACAUAUCUUAUGUCACGUGGUCGUGGUAAUCGUUGUUCUAAAAUUCAAACCGCUGAAUCAUCUCUACCUCAAGAAGGUGCAUCAUUAUUAUUAGAGUUAACCGAAGAUGAAUAUCAAUUGAUGUUUGCCCAAUGUCAUGGGAUGAUGGACGUAAUCCAUAUGCUAAUCCAGCUAUAUUAG